UACUGAUUGUUGUUUUUGCUGACAGUUCAUCAUGGCUGAAGUCGACGCCUCUGAAUCUCAACCUGUUCAGACCCAAACCAGCGCCGUGCCAGCUGAAGGAUAUGACAAGAAAUGUAUUUUCUGCAAAGUAGUCAACAAUGAAAUGGGCACGGAACUUCUUCACUGUGAUGAAGAGAUCUCAUGCUUCAGAGACAUCAAACCUGGAGCUCCCCACCACUACCUUGUUGUCCCGAAUCGACAUGUUGGGAACUGUAAAUCCCUAACCAAAGAACAUGUGCCAUUGGUAAACCGGAUGGUCGAAGCAGGGAAGGAGAUCCUCCAGAAAAACAACAUAACAGAUCUCAGUGAUGUUAGGUUUGGUUUUCAUUGGCCCCCAUUCUGUUCUGUUACACACCUUCACCUUCAUGUCCUGGCACCUGCCAGUCAAAUGGGCUUCUUUCCAUCCCGUCUCAUCUACAGGCUAAAUUCCUAUUGGUUUAUCACGGCAGAUCAGCUGAUUGAACUUCUCAACUCUAAAGAAGAGACCAACUGAUCAUUUGAAUUCAGUUCUUUCAGUCUUUGGAUGUGAUGCAGUGCAGACUUCAUGUUGGGUGGUUCACAUCCACAUUGGGUUGCUGUAUGUUUGACAACAGCUUAUAAUUUUGUGACAUGGCAACAUGUCAACUAUUUAGACUUGAAUCCAAGUGAAAGCCCAAUUUAUGCCAAAUCUUAUGUCUUGCUGCUUACAUUUUUGGGUAAAAUACGUUUUUUUUAAUGUUUUUACAGAAGAUUUCCAAUAAUUAUGGACAUAAUAAAACAAAAAUACUUUUUAAGGACCAAGUAUAAUCCACUAAUAUUUCCAAAGAUCACCCAAGAAUAUUGAAGGCUGAAUGGACAGUAAUUUAAACUGGUGUCCUGUGUCACAGAGCUGCCUUGGUGCAUCACAAAUCUGACCUCAAUACAUAUAUAUAAAGUGAAUGUUUGUAAAACCAAUAGGGUGUUUGUUCAUAUUACAAUUGAUUUGAUGUAAUGUCUUUAACAGUGUUAAGUUAUAGUAUACUGUAUGUGAACCAAUGAAUGCAUGAACUUUAUCACUGGAAUGUAAAAUAAAUCAUUGUGUAUGUCCUGGACAAAAUGUGCACUUUUACCAAUGCUAAUUUAAAAUAAAUACUAUUGCUGUGUCUCAGAACAACGUUUUCAGUUA